ACUAUCUAUUGUCAUUUCUCUUGAAUACUUUGUAACAUUCGUGUCUUCACAACAUUAGAUACAAACUAUUUGGAGUUUCAUUAUGAACUCCAUCUGGAUGUGUUCGUUUGGCUAUGUUAUGCUAUGGUUAUUUCUGGCUACGGAAGCGUACGUUAUUGACGAUGAGAAACACUAUGGCAGUCUUCGUUUUGACAAAGACCAGACUAGAGAGAAUGAUGAGAUAAAUGACACGACUAGAGAGGAUGAUGAGAUAUCAUUUUCGAAGGAAGAACCGGCUGAAUACCUUUUGGUUAUACAAUUGACGAGGGACGGAAAGACGGAGACUAUCGACUUUUUCUAUAAGUAUAAAAAUGAGAAACCCAACUCCCUGAAAGACGUGAUGGAUGAAGUGAUACAUGAAAUGCUGCUAGAAAAUGUAGAUCUUGAUCAUGGCGAAGAAAGUCUUCAUGGAGAGGAACUGGAAUAUGGUGUUGAAAAAUUGCUUCGCAUACUAAACAGUGGAGAAAGCGGAGAUGACACAGGGGAAAUGCUCCACAGUGAGGGAAACGAACACGAUUUGGGGGAAAUGCUUCACAUUUGGGUAAACGGACACGAUUCGAAGGAAAUGCUUCACAGUGAGGGAAACGGACAUGGUGCGGGGGAAAUGCUCCACAAUGAUGGAAACGGACACGAUUUUGGGGAAAUGCUUCACAGUGAGGGAAACGGACACGAUUCGAAGGAAAUGCUUCACAGUGAGGGAAACGGACAUGAUGCGGGGGAAAUGCUCCACAGUGAGGGAAACGGACACGAUUUGGGGGAAAUGCUCCACAGUGAGGGAAACGUACACGAUUCGGGGGAAAUGCUCCACAGUGAGGGAAACGGACACAAUUCGGGGGAAAUGCUUCACAGUGAAAGAAAUGGGCACGAUUCAGGGGAAAUGCUUCACAGCGAGGGAAACGUACACGAUUCGGGGGAAAUGCUUCGCAGUGGGGGAAACGGGAUUGAUUCGGAAAUAGUGCUUCACAGGGAGAAGAGAGAGUCUGAUAGAAAACGUCUUUACUAUGGACGUUCCAGAAAAUGCAAUAUGACAUGGCAUCGUGCACGGAAAGCUCUAGAAUCUUGUGGAGCCGAACUGAAAACAAAGUCAACCAGAAAUGAAGCAAAACGUGCGGAAACGGAAGGAGAGGACCAUGUGGCUGAUAUAUGGGCUGGCAAGGGUGAAACUACCAAGAACGAUGAACCUGGAACAAGUCAGAAAGAAGGAAAAGAGAGAGAUGAUGAGAAAGUUACUAAAGAUAAUGAAUUAGAGAGGAAUAAAAUGUAGGGUAGUCGAAGGUUCGCAAGGAACCCACUACAACAGUAAAUCUGUAGCAGACACAUGAAGUGGGAACACUAUCAAUAGUUAUAAAGAAGCCCGUAAAUAAUUGGAUAUGCCUCUUUUUUAUGUCUCUGUGUCUAUAUUGUAAACUUCAAGAACAUCAUGAAUCAUGAUUAUUCAUUUUGAAUCUCUGUAAAAUUCUCAAAUUAAGGUAAUAAACUAAACAUUUACAGUCCAUUUAAAAUAAAAGCACUUGGAAAAGUUGUAUAUUAUCUUAACUACACUUAAUGUUUUGUAAAAUGUACAUUAAAACAACGUUUGACAUGUUUUUUUUUUCUUUUUAUUGUCGAAAGAACAAUUUCAAUCGUACAAAAUUCUUAAAGGUAAUUAAAAAGUGUAAUAUUAAUUGUCUAAAGUUUAAGAUAUAUCUUGAGCAGUUUUUACUUUAAAACCAUUUAACCAAUACAUAAUUAUAUAGGAAACAACGUUUUGUAUUUUGUCUGAAUAUGCGACAUUCUAUUUCAGUCCAUGCAGCAUUUCAUUUAUUUUGUAUUUCACUUUAUUUCUAAGGAAUUAAAAAUGAACCCUGCAAUUUACUUUAUUUUUUCUGUUACUCCUAAAGAUAAUACCACGGAGUGAUUAAAGGGAAAGGUAAAUAUACAAAUACUGUUUGUUUGUAAACUUAGUCGCCGCAUAGACACAUACUAACAGUUACUCCAGAAGACUGUUAGUAAUGUAAAUGGGCUACGCUCCGAUUCAAGGAGCUUCCUGGGUUCUUUAACGUGACAGGUGUA